UAUAUUUCAUGAGAUCGAAAAAGUGACAAAUCAGAUUCUAUUAAUUUCUUCUCGUCAUUAAACUUAACAACAAUUGUCAAGAAUGAGAAACAUUUGAAUGAAUUAAAAAUUAAUUUGAAUAUUAAGUAAAGUCACUAAAGUAGUAAUACUAAAUUGAAUUUAAUCAAGUUAAUCAAAGAAUCAAUCCUACUGAACAUUGCAAUCUGCAACAACAUGAAUAACUGAAAGCAAAGAGUGUGAAAUUGUGAUCAUCAUCUUCAGAAUCAGAACGGAAAGGAUGGGUCACGAACACUCCAAAUUGUCAUCAGAAUCAAAACAGAAAGGAUCUCGUCUUGCUCGCUUCAAACACCGUCUUCAUUUUCACCGCAAAAGUAGUAAAUCCUCUUCUUCCUCCACUCACAAACUACUCUCCGCCGAUACCUUCACUGGAAUCGCUCUCUUCACCCUCCUCCGCGCGGAGAUGCAGUUCAAGGACAAAUGGAUUGCGUGCAUUUCACUCGGAGAACAAACUUUCCGUACAAAGUCCUCUCAACAUACAGAUAAACCGCUUUGGAAUUCCGAAAAGAAACUUCUGUUGGAACAGAACGGGCCUCACAUUGCAAGAAUUUCUGUCUUUGAGACCAACAAACUAUCUAGUAAUACUCUUGUCGGAUACUGUGAGAUUGAUCUGCUUGAAUUUCUGACCCAGGAUUCUGAUUCUGACGAUGAAAUAUUCAACCUUUUAGAUCCAUCAGUCCCUGGAAAAGUGGUUGGCAACAUCUACAUUUCAUGCUCUGUAGAGGAUCCAAUUGAAACAGAAAAAGGCUUUGUUAGACGCAUUUUAUCCAUCGUGGACUACAAUGAAGAUGGGAUGCUUUCGUUUUCUGAAUUUUCUGACCUCAUUGAUGCUUUUGGCAAUCAAUUAGCAACCCGCAAGAAAGAGGAGCUGUUCAAAGCAGCUGACAAGAAUGGAGAUGGUGUUGUGAGCAUGGAUGAGCUGGCUACCCUUCUUGCUUUUCAACAAGAAAAGGAACCAUUGUUGAAUUGCUGCCCUGUUUGUGGUGAGGUACUUCAGAUUUCUGACCAGUUGAACAGCAUGAUCCACUUAACUCUUUGUUUUGACGAAGGGACUGGAAACCAGGUGAUGGCUGGAGGAUUCUUGACAGAUAAGCAGGCUUCAUAUGGCUGGUUCUUCAAACUGAGUGAAUGGGCCCAUUUCUCAUCUUAUGAUGUUGGUAUUCGAUCUGGAUCAAGUGCCUCCCAUAUUGUGGUAUAUGAUAGGAAGUCUCAAAGGCUUGUCGAAGAACUAAUUGACAAAAAGAUUGUUUUGUCAAUGAGAGCUAUUUAUCAGUCAAAAAUAGGUCUUGGUCUAAUGGACAUAGGGGUGAAGGAGCUCCUGCAAAGCAUUUCGGAAAAGCAGGGAACAAGAAUGGAUUCACUUGAAUCGGCUGCUGACAUACCAAAAUUUGUUGAAUCUUUUAAGGAUCAAAUAAAUUUGGCUGAAGUCAAGCAUCCACUGGAACACUUUAAGACAUUCAAUGAAUUUUUCAUUAGAGAGUUAAAGCCUGGUUCAAGACCAAUUGCUUCUGCUGAACAUGACAAUAUUGCUGUAUGUGCCGCUGAUUGCCGUUUAAUGGCAUUUAAAUCAGUUGAUGAUAGUUCAAGAUUUUGGAUUAAGGGUCGAAAGUUUUCAAUUCAAGGCCUUCUGGGGAAAGAAAUGUGUUCAAGUGCUUUUGUUGAUGGAACAAUGGUGAUUUUCCGUCUGGCACCACAGGAUUAUCACCGCUUCCAUUUGCCAGUAUCGGGAACUAUUGAGCAAUUCGUUAAUAUCCCUGGAUGCCUGUUUACAGUCAAUCCCAUUGCAGUAAAUAGCAAGUACUGUAAUGUCUUCACAGAGAAUAAGCGAGUUGUUUCGAUAAUUUCAACUGUAGAUUUUGGAAAGGUGGCAUUUGUUGCAAUAGGAGCUACAAUGGUUGGUAGCAUUACUUUCACAAAGAAAAAGGGCGACUAUGUCAAGAAGGGAGAUGAGUUUGGAUAUUUCUCUUUUGGUGGAAGCACUGUAAUUUGUGUUUUUGAAAAGGAUUCAAUUGCAAUUGAUGAAGACCUUCUAGCAAAUAGCUCGAGAUCACUGGAGACUUUGGUUUCUGUAGGGAUGAGAUUGGGUGUCGCCACUAGGAAAUUAUCUUGACAACUGAUAUCGGGUUGACUAACUUAGAAAUGUGUAAUUUUUUUUAAUCAUGACCAAGUUUGCUCUUCAUGGCAGAUGUUUCCCUCAAUUUCUAAACUUUUUUAAUCUCAUUCAAAGGGUAUCACUCUAGCUGCCUCCUUUAGAUUUGUCCUCAGUUUCAUCUGCAUGGAGACAAUGUACUUAUUUAUCAAUUAAUUUUCAAAUGUCGUCACACUGAAUGCCAAAUCAAUGUUAACCACUUCCUUCAAUCACUCCGCCCUGAAGGGAGCAAACGCCCAAAGAAAUGGCAUGAACAAAUAUAAACUUCCUCGGUUGGACCAAACCUUGCAUGUUUCCAUCAAGUCAAGAAUUGGUUUAUGAACAUAACUACGUGCCAAUCAUUAUAAUACGCAACUACAACUUUUUAUAUGUGAUUUUCAUCAAGUCAAGAAUUGAUUUGUGAGGCUGUCAUUACCCAAGAUUUUCAAGAUGCUGAUUAGUAUGUAAACAUAGAAGAUUGUUUCAGCAAUUACUUUGUAAGGAGAAAUCAAGAAAAUUCAGGAGAUGAUUCAGAUUUA